AUGGCUAGCAGUACUACAGUCAACACGGCAACCAUUAACAGUGCUUCGACGGAGCUCAACUCUCUACUGAGGACUUUGAAUACCUAUGACGGGACGCCAGCUAGCCGUCUCUCCUUGCUUCAAUGCACCAAAAAUCUCCAAGCUGUUCUUGAAGAUCCAUAUGACAAGAUGACCAGGUUUAUUGAAGAUGCCAGCAUUUUAGCAGCUUUGUUUGUCCUCAUUCGCAUCAAUGCACUUAAGAAAUUGCCUACGAGUAGGACCAUUGCUGCCGCUGAUCUUGCUAGAGCUUGUGAAGUGGAUACGUCUCUUAUUACGAGAACAAUGCGGGUUCUUGUCACAAACGGAAUCGCUGAAGAGGCAGAGAGAGAUAUAUAUAUGCAUAACGAGCUCUCUCGUCAAUUUGCUCCAACCUUGCUCGGUGGAUUCACCUGCACAUUGUUCGACAACAUCCGGGCAGUGGGGGAACUCCCCAACCACGUAAAAAUGCAUAAGUACGCAGACAGCCUAAGUCGUGCGACCCAAAGCCCUUUCUCUUUUGCCAUGGGCCAUGAAGGAAAGGCGUAUUAUGAGACACUCGACAUGGAUUCUCAACAGAGACUGUUAGCAGACUUUGCGCUAAAGAAUUCAGACAAGAACUUCCCGAUUCUAGGGUUGUUUCCUUUCCAAGACUUAGAGACCCAGGUAAAGAAGAAUCUAGAGCGUCCAUUUGUUGUCGAUAUUGCCGGCGGCGGAGGUCAGUCCUCCUACAGAUACAGCACCACUGCUCAUUUAGUGGCAAGCUCAUCUUGCAGGACCUUUCAGUUGUGA